GGCUCAGAGAACCUUCAGAUAGGCCCAGGGCGUUUUUCUCCAGCCGUUUUCGGUUCAGCCCAAGCCGCUUAGCCGGGAAGCCCAGCGGCAACAGAUCCAAAAAUGGUCAGCAAGAUCUGCCAGAUCCGCGCCCGUGAGAUCUUCGACUCUCGCGGCAACCCCACGGUGGAGGUGGACCUCUGCACCGAGGCCGCGCUCUUCCGCGCAGCGGUGCCCAGCGGCGCCUCCACAGGCGUCUAUGAGGCCUUGGAGCUGCGGGACGGCGACAAGCAGCGGCUCUUGGGCAAGGGCGUGCUGAAGGCGGUGGCGAAUGUCAACGACAUCAUUGCGCCCAAGCUCAUUGGCAUGGAGGUGACCAAACAGACCGAGAUUGACAAGCUCAUGGUCGAGACUCUGGACGGGUCCCAGAACGAGUGGGGCUGGUCCAAGGCGAAACUGGGUGCCAACGCUAUUCUGGCUGUGUCCAUGGCCGUUUGCCGCGCAGGUGCAGCUGCGAGCCGCAUGCCGCUCUACAAGUACAUCGCCAGGAUCUCGGGGAAGCCCUACGACAGCUUCGUGAUGCCGGUGCCCUCCUUCAAUGUCAUCAACGGCGGCAGCCACGCAGGUAAUCGCUUGGCGUGCCAGGAGUUCAUGAUCCUCCCCACGGGCGCGGCCUCUUUCCGGGAGGCCAUGAACAUCGGGGCGGAGGUGUACCACACCCUCAAGGGCGUCAUCAAGAAGAAGUACGGCCAGGAUGCCUGCAACGUGGGCGACGAGGGCGGUUUUGCGCCCAGCGUCCAAGACAACAACGAGGCGCUGGAUGUGCUGAUGGAGGCCAUCGAGAAGUCCGGGCACAAGGCGAAGGUCCAGAUCGGCACGGACGUGGCGGCAUCGGAGUUCUACAAAGCAGACACCAAGAAGUACGACCUGGACUUCAAGAACCCCGACAGCCCCGACAGCAUGAACAAGACGGCAGAUGAGAUGAUCGCGCUGUACAAGGACUGGAUCGCCAAGUACCCCUUCGUCUCCAUCGAGGACCCCUUUGACCAGGACGACUGGGACGCUUACUCCAAGUUCCAGGCAGAAGUGGGCGAUUCCGUCCAGAUUGUGGGUGAUGACCUGCUGGUCACCAACCCCAAGCGGGUGCAGAAGGCUCUGGACUGCAAGGCAUGCAACGCGCUGCUGCUGAAGGUGAAUCAGAUCGGCUCAGUCACGGAGGCCAUUGAGGCGUCCUCCAUGUCUCAGUUCGCCGGGUGGGGCGUGAUGGUGUCCCAUCGCUCCGGCGAGACCGAGGACUCCUUCAUUGCGGACCUCGUGGUGGGCCUCCGCACCGGGCAGAUCAAGACCGGCGCCCCCUGCCGCUCGGAGAGGUUGGCAAAGUACAACCAGCUCCUGCGCAUUGAGGAAGAGCUGGGCAGCAGGUGCUCCUACGCGGGGACCGGCUUCCGCAACAUCGGGUCCCCGGCCUUCGGCAUGAAGCGCAAGCCGUUCGUGGGCGGCAACUGGAAGUGCAACGGCAAGCUGAGCGCCGUGAAGGAGCUGCUGACGGCCUUCAAGGGCGCGGGGGCGGACGCCAAGUCGGUGGACGUGGCGAUCUUCGCCCCCACGCUGCACAUCCCGGCGGCGCAGGAAUGCCUCGCCGGGGACGCGGCCAUUAGCCUGGGAGUGCAGAACAUGAGCAAGACAGGCGAAGGCGCCUUCACCGGGGAGGUCUCCGCGGGUCAGGUGGCCGACGCGGGCAUCCCGUAUGUCUUGGUGGGCCAUUCCGAGCGUCGAUCCCUGUAUGGCGAGACCGACGAAGACUGCGCGGCCAAGACCAAGGCGGCUUUGGAGAAGGGCCUCACGGUGGUCUUCUGCAUUGGCGAGCAGUUGGCCGAGCGUCAAUCCGGAAAGACCACGGAGGUCUGCGAAAAGCAAAUGAAGGCGGUCAUCCCUGUGGUGACGGACUGGGCGAAGAUGGUCAUUGCCUACGAGCCGGUCUGGGCCAUCGGCACCGGCGUGGUGGCCACGCCCCUGCAGGCGCAGGACACCCAGUACCAGGUGCGCCGAGUGAUCCGCGACGAGUGCGGGUCCGAGAUCGCGGACUCUGUGCGCAUCAUCUACGGAGGCUCUGCCAACGAGAAGAACUGCAAGGCGCUGGGUGACCUGCCGGACGUGGACGGCUUCCUGGUGGGCGGCGCGUCCCUGAAGCCCAGCUUCACGGAGAUUAUCACCACUGCGCAGGCGGCCUUCAAGAAGUAGGUCACACCGGGGCCGCAGACUUGGGCAAUGACCAUCAAGCGACUGAGCGAUCGACCGCACGCGGUUGCGAUGCGUUUCAGCGGCGAGCAGGAAAUCACCCGGUGAGGGACUGGG